AUGUUGAAAUCUACUGUCCACCGGUCAAGCCCUGCACAAACCCUAAUCCAAUGGCGCAAACCGUUCAUCUUUAGUGAGACCACUGCACCAUUUCUUCUCCAGCAGAAGUCUGUAAUUCCCAAAAGAGAGAAGAGUUUUCGUGUUCGUUCCGCUUCGACCACCAUUAAAGCAGUGCCGAGCUCAAUUGAUAAAUCCUCCGGGACCACCACCGUUAAAGUUGUUGUUACAGUUCUUGUAACGUCCCGCGGGUUCCUACUCGAGUUCCUAUCAAACCUCGAGUUGACCAGUUGGCUCGAUUAUAUUUCCGAUUUGUUUGGUAGAUCAAUCCUCUUGGAGCUUGUUCCUGCUGAGCUUGAUCCCAAGACGGGAUUGGAGAAGAAAACAAUCAAGGGAUAUGCACACCGGACAAGCAACGACGGGAAUGAGGUGAAGUACGAGUCGGAUUUUGUAAUUACUCAAGAUUUUGGGGAGAUUGGUGCUAUUUUAGUACAAAAUGAGCACCACAAGGAGAUGCAUCUGCAGACUAUAGUUCUUGAUGGAUUUCCUCAUGGGACUGUUACUGUGACCUGUAAUUCAUUCGUUCAUGCAAAGUUUGAUGAUCCUGAGAAGAGAAUUUUCUUCACCAACAAGUCAUACUUACCAUCGCAAACACCAAGUGGGUUGAAGAAGCUGAGGGAGAAAGAUCUAACACUUGUCCGAGGUGAUGGCCAAGGAGAGAGAAAGGCAUUUGAGAGAAUUUAUGAUUAUGAUGUUUAUAACGAUCUUGGCGACCCCGACAGCAGCGACGACUUGAAACGACCGGUGCUUGGUGGCAAGGAACACCCCUACCCAAGGCGUUGUCGAACAGGUCGCCCACGCACUGAAAAAGAUAAAUUGUCGGAGUCAAGGGCGGGCAGCGUGUAUGUGCCAAGGGAUGAAAACUUCUCAGAGGUGAAGAGCGCAACAUUCUAUGAGAAGGCUACGUACUCAGUGUUGCACGCAGCGCUGCCAUAUCUAGAGACAGUGAUCGACCCGGACCUUCGCUUUCCAUACUUCACGGCCAUAGACUCACUGUUCAAUGAGGGGGUGGAGCUACCCGAACUUGAAACUCAAGGCCUCCUCGGCAUUAUAUCCAGGCUUGUGAAAUUUGUUACUGGUGUUGGAAAAGAUAUCUUGCGCUUUGACACCCCUGAAAUGGUUGACAGAGACAAAUUUUCUUGGUUUAGGGACGUGGAGUUUGGUCGGCAGACCCUGGCAGGUCUUAAUCCAUAUAGCAUACAGUUGGUCAAGAAAUGGCCAUUGAAGAGUGAACUCGACCCUACGGUCUAUGGACCACCUGAAUCAGCAAUCACCACAGAGCUGGUUGAGCAAGAGAUUAAAGGCUUCAUGACCGUUGACGAGGCCGUUGAAAAGAAGAGGCUGUUCAUCCUGGACUACCAUGAUCUUCUAUUACCAUACGUGAACAAGGUAAGAGAGAUCAAAGGGACAACUCUGUAUGGAUCAAGGACACUAUUCUUCCUAACUCCUUCUGGCACAUUGAGGCCACUGGCCAUUGAACUAACUCGGCCACCGUUGGACGGGAAACCCCAGUGGAAGAAAGUGUACAGACCCAGUUGGAGUGCCACGGAUGCAUGGCUUUGGAGGCUGGCUAAGGUUCAUGUCCUUGCUCAUGACUCUGGUUAUCACCAGCUUGUUAGUCAUUGGCUAAGAACUCAUUGCUGCACAGAGCCUUACAUAAUUGCGACGAAUAGACAACUUAGCACGAUGCAUCCAAUAUUCAGGCUGUUACACCCACAUCUUCGCUACACAAUGGAGAUCAACGCGUUGGCUCGAGUAGCCCUCAUCAAUGCAGGUGGCACCAUAGAGUCAUCGUUUUCGCCUGGAGAGUACAGUAUGGAGAUUAGCUCUGCUGCCUACGACCUUCUGUGGCAGUUCGACCUUCAGGCACUGCCAGCAGACCUGAUUAGCAGGGGAAUGGCAGUGGAGAAUCCAACGGCUCCGCACGGCCUGAAGCUAGCAAUAGAAGACUAUCCUUUUGCCAAUGAUGGUCUAAUACUAUGGGAUGCCAUCAAAGAGUGGGUUACUGACUAUGUCAACCACUAUUACCCAUCAAAAACCCUAGUACAAUCCGAUCAAGAGCUCCAAGAAUGGUGGACCGAGAUCCGAACGGUUGGCCACAGAGACAAAAAGGAUGAGCCGUGGUGGCCGGUGCUCGACACGCCCGAGGACCUGAUCGGAAUACUCACCACUAUAAUAUGGGUAGCAUCAGGCCACCAUGCAGCUGUGAACUUUGGUCAGUAUGAUUUUGCUGCAUAUUUCCCCAAUAGGCCUACCAUUGCUAGGACCAAAAUGCCUUGUGAAGAAGAACUAAGUGAGGAACAAUGGAAGAGAUUCGUGGAAAGACCUGAGGAUGAACUACUCUCUGUCUUCCCUUCUCAAAAACAAGCAACGCAAGUUAUGGCUGUUUUGGAUAUGUUAUCGAAUCAUUCGCCUGAUGAGGAGUACAUUGGCAAAACCAUGCAGCCCUCGUGGUCAGAAAAUCCAAUAAUAAAGGCUGCAUAUGAAAGGUUUAGUGGAAGAUUGAUGGAGCUUGAAGGAACUAUUGAUGCUAGAAAUGCAAACAAGAAUUUGAACAAUAGGACCGGAGCCGGUGUGGUGCCAUAUGAGCUUCUGAAGCCAUUAUCAGAUCCUGGGGUGACCGGACGUGGAGUCCCGAAUAGCAUCUCUAUUUGA